ACAUAAGUUCUAUAGCAGAGAAAAUUAUAUUUUAUACAUUUCUUUAAAAAAGUUAUUGUUUAACAUGUCUUUAAAGUCUCUUUCGCUGUUAAUUACCUUAUCGUUAGUUGCAUUUUGCAAUGGUGCGUUUAGUGAACAAAAUGACAUCAUCGAAGGCAGAGGAAAGAAGAAAAAAAUCGCUUUAUUUGUGUACUGGGCAGAUAUAAUAGUCAAGAAGAUCUUUGUCCUGAAGCUGAUAUAUGCCUUCGUUUUCUUCGUGGUCAUCCACAAGGCGGGCUACUUCCUCUCUUGGUUCAUCAGUUACCUCAAGGAACAGAAGAGAGAUCAUCAUGAUCAUCAUCACAUUCCCCACCAUCACUAUGAAUACGGACCCCCAAGUAGCUACGGACCUCCCAGUAGUUACGGACCCCCCAGCGGUUAUGGAGGUCCAUACAGAAGAGAAAGUCAUGGCGUGUAGUUCUAAUUAGUAUUAUAAUAAUUUUAAAUAUUUAUUCGUAGAUACUAAAAUAUUUAAUUAAACCCCCUAAGAUUUACUUGAUACCUCACAAAUACGUGUAGUCUGAUCCGACCCUUAUCUCAAAUAUUUCAUUUAAUUACGUUUGCUUAGAUUUAAUAGCAUUCCCAUAUCAAUAACAAUCGUACACACAUGCGCCUGACACGUCCCUAUAUUACAGCUUAGUCUUGCCUUUAUUACUCGUCAAUUUAAUAUAUCACACCUUAAACAUAAGUAUGUAUAUGUUUAUUACAAUAUUACGAUAACCAGAAGAGAGAAUAUGUUCAUGUUUAUGCUUCCAAAGAACUAUUUAUUACAAUAAAUGUAAGCUUUUAUUAUUUAGUACAAACUUAACACUAAGGA